AUGCCUUGUACACCGAAAGAAUUCUUUCGUUCUUCAAUCCAAUUCCUUUCCUUAUCAAUUCUCUUAUUUGUCACAAGUUGUCUAAUUUUUAAACGAAAUCCUCUUGAAAUCUUGAAUCCACCGGCUUUCAAUGGAUCAUCAUACGUCGUUGAUUCUUUAAUCUCUUCAUCAGCUCUUCUCCCGUUUUUCUAUUUAGGCGGAAAUGUGGAACCAAAGAGUUUACUUGGCAUUCUGCUGGCCGGCCUCCUCUUCCACCUCCCACCAUUCCAUCAAUUUCUCUUCGUCGACUCCUCAAUUUCCUCCGUGAUCCGCAAAAUUUCCUUUGUCGUGAUUCUCGUUCGUGGCGGCUUAUCGAUCGAUCCAAUUAUCUUAAAAAGGUUAAAACUUCCCUUACCAAUGUUAGCCGUUGCUCCAAUCAUCAUCGAAGUGACAGCACUCACUUUUUCCUCGUUUUAUCUUUUAGAAUUCGAUUUGCUAAGCGGUUUGGCGUUAGGUUUUUUAAUAGCAGCUGUUUCUCCGGCAGUUGUCGUGCCAUGUAUGUUGGAGGUGGAGAAAAAGGGUUAUGGUAGAAAAAGCGGGAUUACAACCCUGUGCAUAGCGGGAGCGACAUUGAGUGAUGUGCUUUGCAUAACAGCAUUCAGUGUUGUUCUCGGUGUCAUUUUUGGAUCCGAGCGCUCAACUCUCUCAAUUCUUUUACAUGUUCCCAUUGAGAUUGCACUCGGAAUCUUGAUCGGUUUUAUUGGAGGCUAUUUGAUCAAUUUCUGUUCACCGAAAGCGAAAACUCCAGAAGAAAUGAUCAUAAUGCCCUGCUGUCUCAUCCUACUUUUAUCAUUGAGUGUCCUUUUGGGGAGUGCUCAUUUCAACUCAGAAGUCCUUGGCCCUGUCGCCAUUUUAGCGCUCGGAUUCUUUACAGCUAUUUUCGUCAAAAAGCACAAUGAAGAGCUCUUCACUCGAAUGAAAUCCCAAUUAGACUACCUCUGGAAAUUCAUCUUUAUGCCACUUCUUUUCGGUUUAAUCGGUUUUCGAAUGGAUAUUGUUCAACUAUUUUUUGGGGAAUCUUCAAACAUAUCUCGUGUUGCUUUAUGUCUUUUGAUUCUAAUCGUUGGAUUACUUUUCCGUUUAUUUGCCACUUAUUUCUCGAUUCUUGGUCGUUUCAAUAGAAAAGAGAAAAUAUUUUUAGCUUUCGCGUGGAUACCAAAGGCUACUAUACAGGCAGCCCUUGCUACAGCUUUUCUCGAUAAAGCAGUUGUUGAGAAGAGAAACGAAUUGUUUGAGAUUGGAAAUGCGAUUCUAUUAAUGGCUGUGCUAAGUAUUUUCCUGUCAGCUCCAUUAGGUCAAUUCUUCAUUCGAGUAUUUUCCUCUAAAUUAUUGCAAAAAGAUGAUGAAGAUCUCGUUGAAACGGAGAGAUUUCAAUUGAUUCAAGGGAGA